AUGUAUUCCAGACCGAGUCGGCCACAAGUGGCGACGUCGGCUGUCAGAGCCAUCAGCAGAUUGCUCUCCAACAAAUCGAAAAACACGCAUCCUGAAAAUGUCGUUCUAGCAGAUGCCUUGAAUUUAUUAUCGCCUUCAGUAACCACAGAACAGUCCAGAACCACCGCCACAACGUUCAAGCCAUCCUUAUUCAGCAACUUAACGAAGGGUUCAGCGAACGAACAAUUCAAUGUAGACGAUCUCAUCAAGCUUCCUGCAAAAACAACCACCAACCAUAUCACAGAGAACUACGUCAAUAAUCUUUUACUCGGGAUCCAGUCUUCCAGUCUCGUCAAAAAGACCUCCAACUACUCAAGUUUGGACUCAAUGAACAAUAAAGACUUAUCUGCAUAUAUAAAGACUAUCAAAGAAGAGACACGUAUCUUUGAGUUGAUGGAACUUUUCUACUCCCAGAAUAAGUUGAGUUUGCGAAUCUUGACCGAUUUGAUCCUCAACAAGAAUGUUGUGCAUUUGGACAAAUCUCCAGUAAAUCUCUUCAACCUUCGUAGUAAUAACAAUAUCAGAUGGGAAGAUAUCAACUACACCCAGUUCAACAUCAUUUUACUUAAGAAAUAUCAUGACUUACGCAAACCGUUGCUCAUUAUCAAGAACUUAAGAGAGAACUUCAGUAGUCAGUAUUUGCCUUUGAUAGAACAGAAUAAGCUUGCAUCUUUCUACGAGAGAAUAGUGUGGAAGUUCAACUUUGAAUAUGUUAAGCAAUUCAACGAACUUCAUUACAUCAAAGAGUUGAACCAGUUGAAGUCCAGUUUCUUGAUCUGGGAAUCUUCUUCAGAGAAUAAUUGCAAUAUAGCAAAACACAUCUUACAGAAUCACAAGUUAAACAAGAUCCAAACUAUCUUCUUAUCUAUAUGUGCGAACGACUUGAUUCAACAAACUAUCUCACAUGAAUUGUUAGCAGGAAAGAGUUCUAAGAUCUUGUCAAGUUUAAAAAAGAUUUCCAUCAAGUACCAACUUUACAAUUUGAGCGAGUUCCCCAAUAACGAAAGUUCUCGCUCCUUGUAUUAUUCUUUGAUAAAUAGCAUGGAAAACUUGAUCUUGAAUGAGUUGAUUGAUGGAGAGGAGCAGAAUGUAGAGCUUCUUCAGAAUCUCAAGGAUAUCAAGCAAUUUCGCGAACAGUAUCUUAUGAAGCUCUUUCGCAAGAACGAAUGGUCUGAGCUUGAACAAUUGAGAUGGGUUGAAGAACAGAUGGUUUUACAAAGUACAAAGGGAUAG